AUGGCCGCCAAUGAAUCCGCCUCUGUGCUCAGCUCCUCCAUUGCCCAGGUGACCGGGCCGGUGCUGGCCAGCAACAUCACCCAACUGGUGGAGCACCCGGGCAUCUUCCUGCAGUCGAACAGCGCAAAGGUCAUCGCCGGGGCCUUCACCUGGAUGGCACUCUUCAUUACCGGGCAUCAGAUCUACAAGCACCUGAAGUACUACACACUGCCCGCUGAGCAGCGCUGGAUCGUCCGCAUCCUCUUCAUCGUCCCCAUCUACGGCUUCGACUCCUGGCUCAGUCUGCUCUUCUUUCGCGACAACUACUACGUCUACUUCGACAGCGUCCGGGACUGGUAUGAGGCUUUCGUCAUCUACAACUUCCUCAGCCUCUGCUACGAGUACCUGGGCGGCGAGGGCAACAUCAUGUCGGAGAUUCGCGGCAAGCCGAUUCGCUCCAGCUGGUACUACGGCACCUGCUGCCUGCAGGGGCGGACCUACUCCAUCGGCUUUCUCCGCUUCUGCAAGCAGGCGACGCUGCAGUUCUGCGCCGUGAAGCCGAUCAUGUCCUUCGCGACGCUGGUGCUGCAGGCCUUCGGGAAGUACCGCGACGGCGACUGGAGCGCCGACUCCGGCUACCUCUACAUCAUCGCCGUCUACAACAUCAGCGUCUCGCUGGCCCUCUACGGUCUGGUCCUCUUCUACUACGCCACCCGGGACCUCCUCUCGCCCUACGACCCCGUCUGGAAGUUCUUCACCGUCAAGUCGGUCAUCUUUCUCUCCUUCUGGCAGGGCGUCAUUCUCGCCGUCUUUGAGCACGCCGAUCUCAUCUCGCCGGUGUUCACCUGGGACGGCGAGCGAGCCAGUGCGGGCACCGUCUCCGCCGGCUACCAGAACUUUCUCAUCUGCAUUGAGAUGUUCUUUGCGUCGCUGGCGCUGCGGUACGCCUUUCCCUACCAGAUCUACGAGAGCAACUACACCGCGGACAGCCACGGCGGCCGCUCGGUGACGAUGCAGAGCAUCAGCAGCAGCCUGAAGGAGACGAUGAACCCGCGCGACAUCAUGAACGACGCCAUUCACAACUUCCACCCGAACUACCAGCAGUACACGCAGUACACGCAGUCCGCCAAGUCACCCAACGGAAUGGGCGGGGGUAGUGGAAGUGGGGGAAACAGUGGAAGUGGCGCUGGCCACCACCACCACUCAUCGGCCACCUCCAAGUCGCCCAUUCUCAGCAGCGCCGACCACGGCACCAACGGCGGCAGCGGCGGCAGCUACAACAGCGCCGCACUCAGCGACCACAGCGCCGUGGUGGGCGGAACCUCUGGCGGGGGCCCCACUUCGUCCACGAGGACGGCCACGGCGGGGUCUGCAGCAGCCGCUGCCGGUGUCGCCCCCUCUGCGCUCUCUGCGGCGAACCAAAGCAUCAACUCCUCCUCCUCCUCCUCGGAGCAGGCAGCUCGCCAAAUCACCACCAUCAGCCAGAACUACUCGGAGAAGACGACGCUGCUCAGCUCCGAUGAUGAGUUUCAGUAG